AUGGCCCGAUACGCUUCCGCCAAGAAACGCGCCGCCGACUCUGAUGAUGAGCCUGAGAUUGCGACUAAGAGAGUCAAGAAUGCGACGUCUGUCGAAUCCGAUGGCAAAGAUGACGAUGGAAACCCCUUCUGGGAGCUAUCCAACAAGCGCCGCGUUGGAGUGUCAGAUUUCAGUAGCAAGACGUUUGUCAACAUCCGAGAGUACUACGAGAAAGAUGGCAAGACUUUGCCCGGCAAAAAGGGCAUCUCGCUCAGCAUUGAGCAGUACAAUGCUUUUCUGAAGGCUGUGCCGCGUAUCAAUGCUGCUUUGCGUGCCAAGGGUCUCGUUGUUGAAGGUGACACUGAGGAACUUGACACAGCUAUGGAGAUCGUCCCUACAAAAGUCAAGAGAGAACAAAAGAAGUCGCCAAAGGCCAACAUUGAGACUACCAGCGAAGAGGAGGACUAA